AUGUCAACUCCGGCUAGGAAGAGACUGAUGAGAGAUUUCAAGAGGCUGCAACUAGAUCCACCUGCAGGAAUCAGUGGUGCUCCUCAGGAUAACAACAUCAUGCUAUGGAAUGCUGUUAUAUUUGGUCCUGAUGAUACUCCAUGGGAUGGAGGCACGUUUAAGUUGACUCUUCAAUUUUCUGAGGAUUAUCCAAACAAGCCACCCACUGUACGGUUUGUCUCCCGAAUGUUUCAUCCAACAUUUAUGCUGAUGGAAGCAUUUGCCUGGAUAUAUUGCAAAAUCAGUGGAGUCCUAUAUAUGAUGUAG